AUGGAGAAACGACAAUCCGAAUUGACUCCAGAAACGAGAGGGGCGCUGGUGGACUCGUUGGUGAAGCUGGCGGAAAAGAAACAUCUUCGCCCUGAAACUCUGUUUCGCGCCGUCGCGUACAUCGACAGAUACCUGUCUCUGAAUCAUCGUGUUCGUACCACCACACGGCGCCGUCUCCGUUUACUCGCUGCUUCUUCUAUGCUCAUUGCCUUCAAGUACGAAGAAAUUCACCAUCUUAAAGUGGAUGAUGUUGCCAACACCGCGGGUUUUACGUUCACGAGACAGGAGGUGCUCGAUAUGGAAGUUGAGGUGCUUACCAAAUUGAUAUAUACGUUUCUAAGUGAGAUUAAUGAGGUCGUUGCUCAAGAGGAACCCCUUAACUCGCAGCUUCGGUUCAUGGCUUCCUACAUAGCCGAGCUUAGUUUGUUGGAUUGUCGUCUCAGUUUCGGGUUCUCUCCUUCUCUGAUAGCUGCGUCUGCGAUAUUUCUUUCGAGAUUCAUAAUCGAGCCGAAUGCUCACCCCUGGAAUGAUAGCUUACAACGACAAUCUGGAUACAAGCCGGCUGAACUGAAAGAAUGUGUACUUAUCAUGCACGACCUGUAUCCACGACGAAAAAGAAAACGCCAACACUCCAACUCUACAAUUCAUGACAAGUACAGCAAGGAUAAGUUCAAAUGUGUAUUAGCUGCAAUGGAAUCGCCGACCAAGAUACCGCUCCCAUUCUUUGAAAAUGCGAAGUCGGCUGAUCCGAAAAUGAUCCAGUGUGUGGAGUCGUCAUUAUGUUCCUUGACCACCAUUAUCACAAUUUUGAAUGACUUGUUUCCCUGCUUCGGUUAG